UGAAAUACAAAGCGUAGGAAAGAACCGAGAAGGCAUUGUAAAUUAAACGGAACGCACUGCCCGACCACAUUUGCUACUUGUGAUGUACAAAUGUUUAGAAAAUCCGAGCUCGGUCUAAGGGCGUGAAGGCAGCUGUUAUCAAACCUGGGCAGAGUGGGCGGUAACCGACAUAUUUAUCAAUCAAAUGACAGUGACUCUGUGUUAGGUGUCAAAACGGGACGUGAUCAUCGCGGAGCAAGCAUGUUUUUGCAAAAACUUAUGCUCUGUUUGUCGACAGUAUGCAAUGUCUUCUACGUUAUAGCACUCAAUCUCACGGUCAGGAUUAUGCAUUUCAUUUCACCAAGCCUCACCAAGAAGCACAUCAUCAGAAUGAAUGAAAAGACAACUAUGACCCAGAAUCCCAAAUUUAAGUAUGAAGAUUGGGGUCCGACGUUUAACUCCUUUAAUUUCGUCAAAGCCGCCUCCUGGCACAUGUGGCUGUCUCUCGGACAAGAGGCUUUUCUGGAAAAAGAAGCUCCGGACUCACCUGUGGUCACCAUGGACGGAAAGAAAACGAGUAUCUUCCAGUACUUGAGAGACAACAGGCCGCUGGUGUUGAGUUUUGGAAGCUGCACCUGACCCCCGUUUAUGUAUAGACUUGAGGAGUUCAAACAACUCGUCAAGGACUUCAGCGAUGUGGCGGACUUUCUUGUGGUUUACAUCGCCGAGGCACAUUCAACAGAUGGUUGGGCCUUUAACAACAACUAUGACAUCAAGCACCACCGUAGCCUGGAGGACAGGCUGUCCGCAGCACGGAUCCUGGUUCAGAAGGAGCCCCUGUGUCCGGUGGUUGUGGAUGAAAUAAAUGAUGUCACUGCCAUAAAGUAUGGUGCUCUACCUGAAAGGCUUUAUGUGCUGCAGGCUGGGAAAGUCGUGUACAAGGGGGGCGUGGGGCCUUGUGGCUACAGUCCACUGGAGGUGCGUUCAUUCCUGGAGAAGAUGAAUUAAGAUCAAAAUCAUUUGUCAUCUGACCAAUUUUAUAUGGAGGGGGAUCUGUGUGUUCAGUAGGUCUUGACAUUUUAACCAACACAAUAAUACUAUGUUUUUAAUCAGACACCAAUCAAUACACCACUUG